AUGACCGUACACACAGAUCGACGCCUGCACUCUAAGUUUGGAACAUUUUUGCGUUUGGGAGUAGUCUUAGCCGGAAUCUACUGGCUUUUCAAACUCUAUCUACAUUAUCAACGACGGGUGCGUCAACCGCAACCAAAUGUUGGCAAAGUGACAAUGGUGUACGGCAACAACUCGAUUUACGAGAGGGCUGUGAACACGCACAAAGUACACAGCCGUCGCUUUGAUUACCCUCAUUUUAUUCUGCGAAGACCGAUUCUUGAUGGAGUCUGGAAUAAAUAUGCCAUUCUACUUUCCGUAUUAUUACGGGAAUUGGAGAAGCCCGCGGAGCGACGAUUACAAUGGCUAUUUUGGACCGAUGCCGACACGGUACUCAUGAAUCCUAACCUACCACUGGAGACAUUUCUACCUCCACCCGACGUCUUAAAUGUCCACCUGUUACUCACCAAAGAUUGGAAUGGCAUGAAUAACGGGGUGUUUCCUAUCCGCGUCCAUCCUUGGUCAGUUGAACUACUGUCAGCUGCACUAGCAUACCCAGUUAUGAAUCCAAAUGUCGAGCUAUUUUAG